AUGACUGCCGACAACAAUAGCGUGCCUGAUGGUGCAGUAUCUAGUUACGCCAAGUUAGUGCAAAACCAAACACCUGAAGACAUCUUGGAAGAAUUUCCAGAAAUUAUUCCAUUACAACAAAGACCUAAUACUCGAUCUAGUGAGACGUCAAAUGACAAGAGCGGGGAAACCUGUUUUUCUGGUCAUGACGAGGAACAAAUCAAGUUAAUGAACGAAAAUUGUAUUGUUUUGGAUUGGGACGAUAAUGCUAUUGGUGCCGGUACCAAGAAGGUUUGUCAUUUGAUGGAAAAUAUUGAAAAGGGUUUACUACAUCGUGCAUUCUCUGUUUUCAUUUUCAAUGAACAGGGCGAAUUACUUUUACAACAAAGAGCCACUGAAAAAAUCACUUUCCCCGACCUUUGGACUAACACAUGUUGCUCUCAUCCAUUAUGUAUUGAUGACGAGUUGGGCUUGAAAGGUAAACUAGACGAUAAGAUUAAUGGCGCAAUUACUGCCGCAGUGAGAAAGUUGGAUCAUGAAUUGGGUAUUCCAGAAGACGAAACCAAGGCAAACGGUAAGUUUCACUUUUUAAACAGGAUUCAUUACAUGGCACCAAGCAAUGAACCAUGGGGUGAACAUGAAAUUGAUUAUAUCCUAUUUUAUAAGAUCAACGCUAAAGAAAACUUGACUGUCAAUCCGAACGUCAAUGAAGUUAGAGACUUCAAAUGGGUUUCACCAAAUGACCUGAAAACUAUGUUUGCUGAUCCAAGUUACAAAUUUACGCCUUGGUUCAAGAUUAUUUGCGAGAAUUAUUUAUUUAACUGGUGGGAGCAAUUAGAUGACCUUUCCGAAGUCGAAAAUGACAGACGAAUCCAUAGAAUGCUAUAA